AUGGCAGCAACGAUGGACCUUGCAUCUGACAGUGAGCCACUUACACGAGCGCAUCCUUCUGCCUUUGCCGCUGGUGAGUCGGUGCCAUCGCGCAAGCGGCGCGUUGAGCUGAGCGGUCCGGUCCGAGGGAAGCGGCGGGCACCGCUUCUGGCGGCAGCAGGCAUGGAAGGCACUGGGGGAGCCGCAGUUAGCGGAGAGCAAGGUGGAAGGCUGCUUCAGUUUGUUCCGGUGGCUGCGGGCGAAGGCGUACUGUAUGUGGCCCAUCCUCCGCCGAGUCGGACUGGAUUCGGCUGGGGCGGGCAAGGCGGCGGGUCGCGGAGCGGGAGCGGGAACGGAGGCGGCGGAUGGAGCCCGGGCGAGAAGGGAAGCAGCAGUGGCGGGGCAAGCGGUGGCGAUGUUAUGGCUGAGUCACAGACUGCCACCGGUGCGCUCUUCCUUCCGCUCUCGGACGAUCUGCUCAUCAACGUGGCCAAGUACGACCAGAUCUCGUUCCGAGCCCAGGUGACCGUCUUUGCCGGCGAGGAGGCUGGCAAGUCAGCUCUACAUUGCGGUCUCGCUGUGUUUUGA